AUGUACCAUGCUUUGAUCCGGACGCACCACAUCACCUCGCGGAAAAAGAUUGCCAGCCUCAAAGCCGCCUCCAAAACUCACCAAUGCUUUGCUCUACUGCGAUCAGGAGGCGUGCCCGGUGUCAUGUAUGUUCGAGGCAGUGACAAGUCCAACGUCCAGAGAUGGGUCGACACGGUACAUGAGUUGCGGUAUAAAGACUAUCAACUCAUCGCCCCUGUCAGCCCCGUGCCAGAUACGCAGCUACCACAGAAAAUACCAGACACGCCGUUUGGUACUUUGGAAGAAGUCGACACAGUGAGAGAAAUGGCUGCUCAGAUGGAGGCUAGGGGGCUCCAGAAGUGGUGGCGGGUCGCCAUGGGCUUCCUUCGCGAAUGA